CUGGAAUCCUGGAAUAUCAAACUUCUUCCUCUGGCCUUUAAUAUCAUUCAUACUGCCCCCUCAACAUGCAAGCUAAAAUUGGAGUUGUCGGUCAACGUGAGAUUGUGGAAGUCCGGGGUGCAAACGGAGAGCCCCCUUAUGUAGUCUGCUUUAGCGACGGCCAUGGGUCUCAUUUUCCUGAGUCCAAAUGCAGUGAUAGACUCGAGUUCAUAAGGAGAUGUCUACUUUGAAAACGUUGGGGUAGUAACUGUUAUUUAUUCCAGUCAGAUUACACUCUCUACAAUCUUCGUGUGAUCUUCCAUGUACAUAGUAAAUUUUUUGCGGUCUUUCUAAGACAACCUAGUGAGAUUGAGACUCGAUUGGAGAAAUGUGGCUGCAUAUGCCGG